UUUUAUGAAGAAAAAAUGUCUGUAGAAAGUGAUGUGGAAGUUAAAAUCCACAAGAAGGAAGCACAGGCCUUGAAUCAAGGAUUGCAUUAUAGAAGAAUGGGAAUAACUAAAGUGGACGUCAACCUACCGUCGAUCUCCAAGGGAAAGCUCGCGUUUGUUUUGUAUAACGUGUUCACGGAGGAAGAGUGUAAGAAGUACAUAAAAGACUCGGAGAAGAGGGGAUACGAGCUGGCCCUAGUCAACACUGGCAGAGGAAGUGUCAAAGCUCCUGAUGUCCGGAACAAUUCCAGAAAUAUGUGGGACUCAAAGGAAGAGGCGAAUAAAAUACUACAGAGAAUCAAGGAUUAUCUACCGGAAACAUGGAAAAGACGGAAACUUGUAGAACUGAAUGAAAGGUUACGGUUUCUGCGGUACGAUCCUGGAGAAUAUUUCAAACCUCAUCUCGACGGUUACUACAUGAGAGAAAAUGGCGAUAAAAGCUAUAUCACUGUCCAGAUAUAUCUGAAUGAGGAAUUUGAGGGGGGAAGUACAACAUUUUUAAAAAGUUAUGGUUGUGAAGAUGGUGGAGAAGAAGUCGUCCCCAGAACCGGAUCAGUGUUGAUUUUCCAACAUGACAUACUUCACGAAGGAUCCAAACUGAUUAAAGGCCGGAAGUAUGCCAUUCGGACUGACGUCAUGUAUGAAGCUUUGGAAUACGACAGUAGCCGAUGAAUCGUUUGAAAUCGUACAAACUUUCCAUUCAAUUCGAUCUUUGUAGAUUUUUAACUUUUCAUUUCGUUGUGAGAUAAAGAAGUAGGUACAGUUUCUAAAGUCAUCUGGCCCAAAAUAUUGAUGAUUUCACUUGGAGCUCAAAUCCUGGCAUUCAAUUAAGGAAUACAUUAGCAAACCCAAAAUUCGCUCAGUUUGAUCAGCAAAAUGAUUUGUGUCAUAUGACGAGACCUUGAAGUUGGCAUAAAAUUGCAAAAAUGCCAUUUUCAAUGAAAAUAUCCAUAAAUUCAGGUGGUUUUCCUUUCAUUUUUAUUGGUACUGUAUUAUGAAUAAGACAAAUGUGUUUCCACACGUUCUUUUUAACUACAGUAAGAAGCAUCGGCAUGGUUAGUAUAUUGGUCCAUGCAACAUUAAUUGUGAUGUCACACCCCGCUACAGGGUGAUCGCUAUUCUGAGAUUCCGCUUUCAUAUUGUGAUAUGUGUGAGGGAGAAGCAGGGGGUAAGAAUCGGAGGAAUCUCAAAUUCACGUUUACCCUGUAGUGCAAUUGGAACACUGCUCGACCUUUUCCGUAAAGUCGAGAGAUGUAAUACGGCUCUAUAUUGCAACUACAUGUAUUUUGGGUCACAUGAUAAGGAAAAUGGCGCCAGCGGCAAUGGAAUCAUUAUGUCUUCGUAUUAAUUUGACAGUCGCUUCUGAAAUAUGAGUCCCAUGUCUUUCUGUAAUAGUAUAAGGCGCCAUUUUUUGUUUACAUUUGAUACCACGUGUAAAAGUGAAGCAGCUAUCUUUCGAAUAAAGUGUGUUAUUCCACUAAAACGUUAAGCACUCCUGUAAAACAAAGCACAUUAAGAUAUCUAAUACUAAAAUGACGAAUAGGGAUGACGGCAAAUAGAUUAUUGUUUCUGUCACAUUUGCCCCGCGUACCCCGGUAGUCGGUAAUACGCCGAGGACGCUUCAUAUCGAAGGGAAUUCUUAUGUUCACCAUCAAAAUCGUUGUUUUGUUUUUUUUACCUACAUGUAUGUCCAAGAUUUUUCUCGACUUGUUCCGAUUGCCCUUUAUUGAGUUGUGACGUAAUCGUUAAAGUUCUGCUGAAUUGUGAUAUCGUAUUUUGUUGUAUCCUUGCUGUUUCUUUCAUUGAGUAUUAUUAAAUCGUGAGGUGCAAUAUAGAUAAUUAUUAUAUAUGUAUACCAAAAUGUUGUUAUAAUGUCAUAGUUGACCUUGAAAUGAAUGUACUUGUGUUUGAUUACUGUGGGUCAAAUAUGAAAUCUAAUAUUAUUAGUAUGAUCAAAGAAGUAUUGUAUCCAUGAUAAAAAUGCUGUGCAAUGUUUCAAGGUAUUAUUUGUAAUGUACAACUCAUUAUGAGAAACAGGCCUGUUACCAUAAUCUGUGUUUUAAAGAUGGACAUUUUGAUAUUUUCUUUAUUUUCAAAUUGCUUGAAAACCGACCAACUACAAAUUUGGAUGUAUUUAUCCUAAUAUUGCCAUAUCAUUUGUUAUUUGUUAGAAGUAUGCCUUUUUGAAAUUGUAUUUCGCAUAAUAAUUUUAUGAACAUAUACUUUUGGAUAAAAAGAAAGCCACAUUAUACGUGUGGACUGAAGUCUUAGGAGAGUAAAUUUAUUCACUCCUUUGAAAACAUGCAGAUGAUUGAGUUAAAAGUUUUAUUUAGUUACUUGUAUUCAUAAAUAAAAGAUAAAAUAUG